AUGGCGGAUGUUCUCGGUGAAGCAGACGACGAUCGCCCUUCCGGCGUAAAACCUGACAUAUUCGAUACAUUUUUGAAGUAUGUCGAUCAAUACAAAAAGUCUUAUUACAACGAAACAAAAGAGUUACAUUUCAGAUUUAACAUAUUUAAGGAAAAUUUGGUUAGAAUAGAAAAACUAAAUCUACAUACCAACAAGUCAUUUGCCUGGUAUGGAAUCAACAAAUUUUCUGAUCUUACACCAGAAGAAUUCAAAGCAUCCUACUUGACUGAUCUGAAGCCAUAUGUCGGUUCCCUAGAUGAUAAGAAUCAUAUCACACAAGUUGAUAAGUUACACUCCUUGAACAUACCCCAAAAACUGGACUGGAGAAACUUCAAGAACCAAAGCUAUGUGAGUCCAGUCAAGAACCAGAACAGCUGUGGGGGAUGCUGGGCUUUCAGUACAGCAGAAUUGAUGGAGAGUAUGUAUGCCAUUCAGAAACAUGUGCCACCUCCUCACCUCAGCGUACAGGAGAUUAUUGACUGUUCUCAGUACAACUCGGGAUGUACAGGUGGAGACACCUGUGCUGCCAUGCAGUGGAUGGUUGACAGUCAUGUUUCCCUGGUCAAUGAUACAAAAUAUCCUCUAACGGACACAUCAGACUACUGUAAGCUUUUGCCAUCUCCAACAACAGGGGUCAAGGUCAAAAACUUCACCUGUCAAUCAUAUCUGGAUGAUGAGCAGGACAUGCUUAUGCUUCUGUCUAAUGGACCACUGACAGUGUCAGUCGAUGCCACCUUAUGGGCUAACUAUCAAGGUGGCAUUAUUCAGCACCAUUGUGGUAAUACCAUCAACCAUGCAGUCGUCAUCGUGGGGUACGACCUAACAGGUGACACACCGUAUUAUAUUGUGCGGAACUCCUGGGGACCAGACUUUGGUAUCAAUGGCUAUUUACACAUCAAGAUUGGAGAAAACAUAUGUGGCAUAGCAGGACAUGUAUCUACUCUAUAUAUUGUGUAAGUGACCAUCUGAUGUUUUGAUGAUACAACGAGGAGAUAGAACAUACAGCU